GUUACCAGUGGUUUGCAUCUUAUUGUAACCCCCACUCCAUUUACAUCCAAUGUACGAAUGAGCUUUUACUUCUCAGAGAAGCAAAAUAGUCCAUUUUGAAGACAAAGAUCUGCAACAUAUGUUCAUGGUUGGCCCCAAAAAGUAUUUUGAAGUUCAGUGACCUGAUAGCAAGCAGGAAAUACUUUUCAUGGACUCAGAGACGCAUGUGAAAGCAGAACGACCCUAAAACAAGCAGCAACUGGACCAAACCAUCUUAUGGAUUUCUUCCAAAAUUCUUCUCCAUGGCAAGCACCCCCCCAAAAAUGUUCGUGGACAUGAUUCAUUCAUUCAUCAAAGUUCAGAAAGAAACCUGGACAUUUUCAAUUCUGCAUAUUAUGCAUAUCUGAAAUAUGAAUUGCUCUGACUUCAUCAUGAUAACUCAGCUGUACUUACAGACCACUUUCAAACUGCCAUCGCUGCAACAAAGUGUUGUACAUGGAGUAACUAACAUAUAUACAACAAUAAAGCAAAAAAUCAGUAACAAAGAGGGUAGAAAGCACCAAACAGCAAAACUAAAAUCAGGUCUGAGUCAUGCUGAGCCAAAUGCCAAAAAACACAAGUGAGUUUUGAGGCGGGUUUUAAAGAUGGGCAGUGAGGGGGCUUGCCGAAUGUUCAGUCAGAGGUCAUUCCAAAGAGAGGGACCAGUAACGCAAAAGGCUUGAUCCCCUCUGAGCCACCGUUUAGUUCUCGGUAUUUCUAAUAAUGCCUGGUCCGCAGACCUGACACCGACAAUAUAAGCAUUGGGACUUCAUUUUUGUUGGGAAACCGACUGGGAUAACUAAAACGCCCAAAUUGGAUCGUUGGAUCACUCAGAGGUCAUUGGUUAGUAUUACGAUCAGAUGUGGGGAAUUUUCAAAAGCCUGAAUUAAAGUAAAUGAAAGUACUGAUUAAUAGACCUCAGGACAAGGGUCAUUCCUGAUCAUUUUGAGUGAUACAAAGGGUGACAUAUCUGAUGUCAUCAUGAAGUCACCAUCAUGAAUCCCGCUCGCCGCAUUCUUUCCGCGCCCUCGGUGCUCUGACCCGAUAAUCCUUUUGGCUAAUUAAUAGUGGAUAUGUUUCUGCACCGCGACAGUGCAGUAUGAAUGGUUAAGAACAGCCUCUUGAGCACAAGGCUUCAUGAGCAAGGGAGCUGCAUGCGUUUUUUUUUUUGGCUGCCAUUUUUUGUUUCCUCUCACACGUGCAAGUCUGACACUGACCGCUCUGCGUAAGUUCCUUUUUUUUUUUUUUUUUUAAACCAUGUGCCAUCUAUUUAACAUCCUUCUGGCUGUCCUGAGCCGCGUCCUGUUUUUUAUCCAUGGCAUCGUGACAGUGUGGCGGGUGGUGGCAGUAAAAGGACCAGUGUAUUGGGUUCUCCUAGUAGGAGUGUCUCUACUCGCAGUUGAGAUUGCCAUCACCCUGAAGUUCACCAAAAACGCAGAAUGGAAAUGGUUCUCCCCGAUGGUUUUUCUCUACCUUUGCACUGUCGUUCCGUCCAUUUGGGUCUUGGAGCUGAGCCUGUUGAAAGGGCAUAGACACGCCAAUACAACACAUGCCGACAAAAUUUUGGGAAGGAUGCAGUUAUCAGCGAAAAUGAUGUAUCUCGAACCAGACGAAUGGGUGACUGGUCUGGAGCAGACCAUGCUCAUUGUGUUGGUGAUUGGCCGCUGGCUCAUGCCAAUGGGGCACAUGUCUCGAGAACAGCUCUCCCAGCUCCUCAUGGUCUACGUGGGACUGGGCGCCGACAUCCUGGACAUCUUUGAUACCUUCAGGUUAGAGGAGAUCAUGACCAGGAAAAAGUUGGUCAUCAUUGGUUUAUUUCUCUUCACGUGGGCGCUGAUGCAGUUCCCUCUGGUGCUCACUCAUAAGAGUGGGCAGGAACGGAGGACCGCGGGGCGCUUUGUCGGUGGCCGUAUUAACAACAUUACCAAUAAUAUGAAGACGUGCUGCCCGAGUGAAGUGUGGAUCUUGCUUCUAACGGUGGGACUCCAAGAUGGCCCCUUCAUGUGCUACCGCGUCUAUCUCAUGCUGCACGAAAAGGUGCUCAACCAGCUGAUGAUCUUCUUCACCUGCAAGAACAUUCUCGUCGUUCUCAUCGAGUUCUAUCGGAUAUUUGUGGUGAAAUGGGAGCAUCAGAAGAACAGGAAGUUUGGAGAUUUAGCCAGCAGGGUGACAUUAUGUGACAUGUGCUGUCGGAAGCAGCAGGCGGACCUGCAGGUCGCCGACAUUGAAUUGACAACUUCAGGACAGGAUUGCGAGACGCAACGCAUGGUCACACAGAGGGAGGAGUGAGAUCAGAUCGGGGACCCACUACUCUUACUUUUAAACACUUGAUUGAGAUACUUUUAUUGCACUUUUGAAAUGAGAAAAAGAUUUACCAAACAGACCCAUCUUUUGAAAAACAACUUUAUUAUUAGAAAAAAAACCUACACAAACGUUUUUUGAGCCUUAAUGAACAUUAGUGUGUUUGUAUUUUGUACUUUGUAAAAGAAAAAAAUGAAAAAAAGACAACAAAAGCUCAUUAUUACAUGUAUAAACAGUUUGAAUAAAUGUACGUUUUUCAUGUUAUGAAGUUGAAAAUGAAUACUAGUGAUUGAGAUUUUAUCUUUGUACUAUUCUUAUUUACGCUUGCAUGCUAGUUCGGUCAAAACAUGCAAACAAGAGUUUACAGAUUUUUGCCCACAUGUACAUAAAGAAUGAGAAUGUUAAAAGAUUUAAGAAAUAAACGUAAUAAAUGAAACAUGCUUUUUUUGGGGGUGUUAUUUGGUCAGAAGUCACUGAUGGUGUCAUGGUACACUCGCCUGACU